AGAAAAAUGCAUACAAAUAUAAUCCAUUGUUUAUUUUUGUUAGUGCAGUACUACAGUUGAUAUACUGUGGCAGAUUUUGUAGGAAGAUAUUACUAGUACAAGUAAUCUUUUUGCCAAGCACUUUACUGACUCGUGCUACUAAACUGACUGAGAGAAGUCAUCAAUAAUUGUGAUUUUGAACUUGUCUGUCUGUAAAGCUGUCACCCCACUAGACACACAAACAAACCAUUACCCCCCUCCCCCAGCCCACACCUAAUUAAAUCUUUGCCCCUUUGCCUCUAGCACUAAAUGAGUGGUCAGAAGUAACAGCCAGUUCAGGUCAGAUUCCUCUGUUUUCUUCACGUCCUGUGUUCACACUCUCAGAGGGAGCGGGUGCAUGCCAUACAGCAGUCUUGGACUAUUAAUAGCAGUAGGAGAUGGAGUCGAGGGCAAUCGGGAUGGUAAGUAAAUUUACACCCUCCUCGCCGAACGUUCUGUUGAUGUCAUGAGUGUGAACUCUGACCCAGGAGCCCGACUGCCACAAGGCCCACGUUGAACUUGAAUUUCAGGGCUCCUAGAGCACACUCGCACAAUCCAAUCAGAACACAUUUUUGCAUUUUUGAUCUUGCAAUAAAUGUACUCAUCAACUGUUGGCCCCUAGCGUAUAUGACACAAAACAAAAAGCACCAUUCAAAGAGUCAGAAGGUUAUGGUAUCAUUUCACUUCAGACUCAUGCGCAUACGUUGCCCACACAACGUCAGACCCUCACAUGACAACAGCUGACACACCAACCGGAGCAUCUUUGUCUAUCUCUUUCUCCUUCAAAGCAGCUGAUUUGAAAAGUGGAACACUGCUGGUGUGACACAUGACGUUCGUAUGAUGCAGAGUCACGUGGAUUCUCAUAGAUUUCAAAAACGCUCAAAGUAGGGCGUUAGGUGUAGGGCACACACAGGUUCCCACAGCCUUAUCAAGUGUCCUUGUCUCUGCCCAAGAUAUGUGAUAGACCGAGGGAGGAGGAGGAGGAGGAAGAAGAGGAGGAUCAAGGACUGACAUGCAUAAGCUGGACAUGGACAACCGAUCCUCAAAUUAUGUCAGUCAACACUCCUUGGAUAUCUGGUGCACAGUACAGAGGGUGACCCAGCCUACAAACAUAACAACAUUGUUCAGUAAAUGGUUCUCAGAAUAUGACUCUUUUUAGGUUGCAGCAGUAAAUGAUAAUGAAUAGCUCACCUAAAUGAUUCUUUGGCCAUAAAUGAAUCUGCCACUUCAAUGUUUAAGGCUUCAGAAACGGAUAGUAAAUGUCAUGCAUCUGUAAAGGCUAAUGGUUGAGGUUGUAUCAUAUUACCAAAUGUAUGCGCACUGACACUGCAGAUGCAUUUAUUGUCAAACAGGAUGCCACCUUUGGCUGGUAACACUACCGCUAGCCUUGAGUCGCUCAUAAACACCAUUCCUGCAAACCAGCUGGGCCACACAGUAGAUUAAAUCUAUCUAUGACAUAAGAGAUUACUGACAAUGAACCACAAAUGUCAGGUCCAUCACACACAUUUGCACUGACUCACAUUAUGUACCUGUUGCUUCUGAUUCUCUGUGUUAAUCCCUCACGGUGUCAGUGAAAUAAGCAAAUGAGCAGUGGGUAUUAAAAACUCUGUUUCCAGUCAGUUAAACUGAUGCUGUAUCUUGUUGGGAUUAAGCUCUGAUAUUCAUUAGUGAAGUGUCAAAAACAAUCUCCACCUCAGGUGUUUUUAACGUGACCCUUUGACACACUGUGAGGAAUGUUUUAACUCCUUUAUUGAAACAAAAUUACAAAUUAAUUUGAUUUAAAAACAGGAUGUACAAAGGUUUAAAAUGUGUGGAUGUAUGUUUUCUUUAAGUACUGAAUUAUUCAGAAAUGACCAACAGGCUAUUAUUAUAGUAAUGUCUAAAACAAGACCCAAAAAUGUAAUAGGUUUAAUCAGAAACCAUAUAAAACCAUAUAAAUUGGAUGUCCUCAUAAUGACAUAAGAACACUUCAUCAAACCAAAAAAUAAUAAUAAAAAAUCACUAAAUCAUUCCCACUAUACUGCAGAAAAUGGAAUUUAAAAAGGUAAAAUGAUUAGGUCUCAUAAAACUCGUGCUGCAGCUAACUUUAAGCGAAAUCAAUAACAACCAAAGACAUUUUCAAUUUCUUCUUCUUGAAGAAUCAAAAUCCAGUAGAAUGUGACUCCAUCAAUCCAAAGUUUUUGUCUGAUGUUGAAGGAGUUUAGUUUUCAGAUGUACUUUAUAGUUACUUAAAUUGAUUCAAUCUCACCCCACUCUUUUUAUACUAGAUUAAUUGAAUGAAUGUAAGAAUAUUUUUGCUUGUUGAUACCGCUGUAUUCCACAACACUAACUCUCCACAUUCAGAAGAACAGGAAACCGCAAUCUGUAAAAGUAUGACAAGAAACCAAUGAGUAUGAUUUUAAUCUUCACUAAGAUAACCCUCGUAAAUCUUAAAUAACUAAGUUACAGACCUAUACAAAAAUGAACGGGGUUUAAUAGUAAACAAGUUUCCUUUACUUAAAAAAAUAUACAUCAAGAGUAAAUGCAGCGCAUUGCCGUCAGCUUGUAUGUGCUUUUAAUCAAGUUCUAAUCAACUCGCUAGCGUUAAAAUGUUAAAAGAGCACCCGAUGACAUUUGAAUAAGUCUUCGACCUCGGCUUGUUCAUUCGACGCUGUUCUCUGUUUACCACAGCACGAGACAACAAGUGUCUUUUACGCACAGAGAGAGGACGGAGGAUUUACCGGCGGCGAGUCCAUGCCCUCCUCACCCCUGGUGCCUGCUCCAGACUGUCAAACUUUGACGGUCCCCCUAUUUCUCUCUCUCUCUCUCUCUCUCUCUCUCCACCUUUCCAUGAAGAAACAAGCCGGCGUUACGUCAGAAAGUGCAGGGCAAGCAAGACUGAGUCUUAGGAGCUAUUCGUAGGCAGUGCUGCCAAACCCGGCUUGGGGCUGCCCACGAGCUUACUGCAGCCAAUGCUAAUUACAAAUCCAACUCUUUUAAAAACUGCAUCAAUAUGUGGUAAGUCAAUAUCCUUUAAUAUUGAUUUGUUUUUGUUUUUUUCCGCUGAGCCUUUUUUUCUCGCAGCUUUUUUCUCAUGACCCGUCUCUGUUGUUGGCACCAUUGCGCAAAGACUAAGAGUCAAACCGUUGUAGAAAUUUGAAGUUAGCCUGGUUAACUCUGUAACCUGAGUGAAAAGACAAUGACAUGAUGAAGCAACAGAGACUUUUGACGCACAGAGAUUUCUGUAGCUUUUUUUCUGUUGUGUUUCUUUGCUGAUCUCAAAAACAACAUGCCCCACGCUCGAAAUAGGAACCCUAGCCCCAUCCCUGAGGUAACAUGGGAUACAGGACUGAAGGAGAUGAACGAGACUUGGAAAGGAGCUAUCGCCUGUCUCGGGGUGGCCGUCUUCUUCGUAAUGACCAUCGGGAUCAUAUACUGGCAAGUGGUGGACCAGCCCAACAAGAACUGGAUCAUCAGGGGGACUUUUAGUGGACUGAUCUGGGAAAGAAGAACCCACUCGCUCGUAAUACAAACCUUGGAGGAGGACAAGACCUUUGUGGAGAUAGACGUUGGGAACGUUGGGAACCCCGACAUUGAGGUUCCAUUUGUCAGAAACCUGUGUUGGUUGAAUAAAACUGAGUUCUGCUACACGUGGGACUCGGUGGCCGAAGUGAAAAUCUCACUGGAGGUCAAUGAGGAGACGGACACCGAGUGCUACAGUAUGACUUGGACGCCGGUGCACUGUCAUGUCGAGCUGAAGGACUGCUUCUCCAUGACCAAUGUGUCCUGGUACGGUGGAGCGAGUGUCCAUGGUCAAACAUGGCCCUUCAAUGAUCAAAAUGUCACCAUGCAGCCAUUCGCUGUCAGCGAUCUAAAGGACAAUCCCUCCGGCUACGGCUCAGCUCUGGAACGCUACUUUCUGGGCUCAUCAGGUGUUGCAGUUCUGGUAUCACCUAAUAUUCCCAUGCAGCUCGGAGUGGACAGCAGGCAGCAGUUCUGUCUGCAGUCGCUGCCCAGUAUGCAGCGUCUCCCUCUGCAGUACACUGUAUGUGUGGCCCACGAUGUUAAAGCUGCUCAUCAGGAAGCUGUGAAGCAACUCUCCCAGCCCCACAGAGAGCUGCCCAACUUGAAAGCACUAUGGCUGCCGUUUUGGAAGCUGCUCACUAACGUGGACUCAGGUCCCAAGGUAGAGCGGGAGCUGCGGAUUUUCUCCAAUCGUCUGAAGAGACACCAGCUGGGGGAGGGAGUCAUCAGCCUUAAUGAACAUUCCACCACCCUCCUCUCUGACAUGGACCAUGACUACCUCAACUCCAGGAAAAGAGGGAUGUCCAAGAGACUGACCAGGGACCUCCCACUUGUCAAGCUUCUAAACAUUUCCAUCACUCUGUCCCCUUUCCUGGGUGUGGACACCACACAGUUCCACACCUCUCUCAAGGACGGCACUGAGGCCUAUUGGCUCAGUCUCCCCCUGGCUCCUCUGGGACAGCUGGUCCCUGUGUUGAGUCAAUGGCGGGGAAAGUUCUGUGUCAAGCUGAACAUCACCAACCCAGGAGCAGUGAGCUGGUUCCUGGACAGGGUGGGAUCCCUACAUGCCCAUCUAGGAAUGGAGUACAUCAUGCUGGAGGGGGGUGAGGGAAAUCUGUUUGAGGAGCAGGCCCUGCGGGCGCCGCAGGACCUGAGUGGAGACAAGUACAUCAGCCUGCUUGCUGACAUGGCAACCAGGAUAGGAGACUCAACCAUAAUGACCGCAGGAACUAGGUCAAGUCACAAGCCGGUGUUUGUGAGAAUGACCCGGUUGCAGUCAAACUGGAGCCUGAUGGGCCUGAAGGGCAUCAUUCCCUCUCUGCUGCACAACACUCUGCUGGGAUACAACUUCCUCAUUCCUGAUGCAGUAGGUGGCUCUCUGUCUGUAGACCUCGUCACAGAUGAGGAGUUGUUCAUCCGUUGGUUGGAAAUCGCAGCCUUUCUCCCUGUCAUCAGCUUCCACACUGCACCCUGGGCCUUUGGAGAAGAUCAGAUCCUGAACCUGACUCGGACCUACAUCACCAAGCACCAGAUGGACGUGGUUCCUCUCAUUGAAAAGUAUGCAGAAGAGUGGCAGACGACUGGAAACCCCAUCUACAGGCCAAUGUGGUGGCUCAAUCCCAGUGACCCCAUGACCUUUACCAUUGACGACCAGUUUCUCAUUGGAGACAAGGUCCUAGUGGCACCAGUGGUGGAGAAGGGAGCGGUCAAGAGGGAUAUAUAUUUACCUGACGGGGGCUUCCAGUGGCAGGACAGCAAGAACGCUCAGGUGUUUGACGGGGGGACGUUCCUACAGGACUACCCUGUGCCCCUGGAGGAGGUGGCUGUUUUCUUUGGGCAAAGCUGAGUCGUAGGUCUGACCCACGGAAUCACGUGACCUAUCCUGUAACUCUUUCAAAUCAAUUUUUUUUUUAAAUACUCGUGCUGUUUUUAACUUGCACUUUUCCACUAGAGACCAUUGAACUUGUGUAGAAAGAUUUUUUUAUACUUGCACUUUACAAAUCAAAAUGUCUUUUCUGUCUGUUGUGAAUUUUUUUUCUUCCUUUUUUAAAAUAAUAUUAAUGGGUUUUACCUCUCGGAUGAUUUGUUUCUGGAACGUUUUCUGCAGUAUUUUAUUUUGUUUUCUUUUCAGUGUGCGUCCAUGUUGCUUCAGACAAAUGUUGUGUUUACAUACCGCAUCUCUACAGUCUUUAAUUUGUAGUCGCUGCUGGCUCUCAUGACAAGGAGGAACAAAGCAAAUGCCGUGUUUGCUUUCAAAGAAUCUGAAUCUCUCAUGAAGACCAAAUGAAGAUAUGAAAGAUUAAAGAAAGCUGUUUGAAGGGGCUCUUUCAAUCUGGGAACGCUUACUGGAAUAACUUUAGCUCACAAGGACCUUUGUGCCAAUAACAGUGGACCCUGGUACUGUACCGUAUGUCUUGCUCAGUCAAUGGAAAGGCCUUUACUUGAACUUAACUGGCCGAAUGGGCUGAUGAUUUAUGAAUGUACCUCAAGAUUUCACUGCUUCGCAGAAUCUCCAGGCACGGCGACUCACUACACUUUAGCACUUAUCACUAGAAUAGUUUACUCAAAGAAAUGACAUACCACUCGGUCGGACACAUCUGAAUGUCCUUUAGUACUGUAGGCCACACCAACCUGAGGCCAAGCUGCUGUCAUUGUAUCUCUGACUACGUACGAAUUUGACUUAGAUUGAAUCUUCUUACUAACCUGCUGUAGAAAGUGCCUUUAAAUGUGCUGCUCAUAUUUGUGUUUGUUUUUAAAGUUAUGUUGAUAUGCUCUGUUGCUAAUGAUCGCUCUGUUGACAACAACACAAAUGUGUAGAGGAUAUAUUCAGAAAAUAAUUUUUGAGUUUUAUGAUUGAUUUUUGAUUUACAUUUUUUUUCAACCUAACUGGAAUGUGGGUCAAUCCACACACUCUUACUCUAACACACAUAUUCAGCCAUUAUAGCUGGGAAGUCUGAGUACACAGCUGAAUUCAACUGUUAUACGCAGAGUGGAAUUGACGUGAGAACCAACUGUUGUGAAACUCCAAAGGCCUUUUUCUGUUGACAUAUUUGCCUCUCAGUGUGCUCUAAGAGGGGUGAAUAGUAAUUAAGGAAGAAGUUGGUCAUUUUUAAAAAUGAAACCUCUGCCAAUUACAAUCAAAAAUAAGUGAAAAUAAUGUUAACAUUAUAAUAUUCUCUAUGGCCCCGUACCAAAGAACCUCGGCCUUGUACCAGCCCAUGGCCCGGUGUUUGGGGACCUGUCUUUUAUUGGAUACAUAGGUAAAUCCAAUAAUGUACAAAUAUUUACCAAUGAGUGUGGAUAUUUGACCUUGCUCUUUGUUUACUUUUCUGCCCUAAACCCACUUACGUAAUUUAAUCUACUCCAGUUUUCCUCAAAACCUAGUUAUUCCCCAAAAAACCAAUUCAAAUCUGCCCUUUUAGUUUUGAUCAAGAUGGUUUAAACUGAACCUGAAGUUAUAGUCUGGACCUGUGUUACCUGGUGUUUAAAGUCACAAUGGUGCAACACUCUCUCUCUCUCUCUCUCUCACACACACACUAGAUAUGAAGUUUAACUCAGGGAUUAGAUUCCCGCCCUUGUGUGAACGACCACUUGGACUUGGACAUUUACUUCGGUCCUAAUCACAACUGAUUGGAUUUUCUUUACGAUAAAUUGGAAUUAAGUAAGUAAAGAGCAAAUAUGACAUGUACGGUGAAAUAGUCAACAGUGCUUCGUAGCAGUUUAAUCUCAGCAUUGAUUAGUUCUUGACAAAAUAAUCCUGAAUGGCCAGCAGUUAUAAUCCAGACUGUAAACCGUUCGCGUAGUGAAUUUUUUACCACUAAAUUGUGUAUUGUCGAUCUAGCAAGUUUACUGUAUUAACUUCAACACUCAGGUCUACUGAAGCUGAUCAAAUAUCACCAAAUGUCUUAGUACAACACACAGUAUGUUGUGAACACAUCAAUGUCUUAAUCUCUCCUCAAGAUGAAUGUAAAAACAGAUAAACUGUGAUUUCCCCACUGGACUCUUUUCAUGUGAGAUUUCUUUUUUUUUACAUAUAUAUAUCAUAUUUUUGGUCCCGAACUAAUGCUUUAUAGAAUGCUGUAGAAUGGUCAUGUUGCAGGAACAGCUUAGGCAUGGUAUUCCUUCCUUCUACAGGUUGAACGAUGGUGACGCCACAUGCCUUAAUAUGCCACUCUGAAAUCUGGACUACACAGUUGCCUGGAUUAUUGCCAAGUCAGCACUGUACAUAUUACAAUGACUGUGCCAUUAACGAGCGUGUUUUCUCUUCUGUAAAUCAGAGAACUUAGACAAAGUUGCAAUAAAGUUUACAUUUUUGUACUUCACUUCCUGGCUUUAAUACAGUGUGCAUUUAGAAACACUGGGAGCCUUUGGCUUUGAUCUCUAUGGAAUGGCUUGCUUUUCAGUGAAAUCCAGAUGGUUUGAAAAAUAAGACUGUUUAUUAUAUCACUCUGGUUGUUGGCAGCCACCACGAAGGACAUGCUACAGCCUUUUAACAUGCUAACAUAGAGCAAUACCAAACCUCAAAUAUUUAUCAUCUUAACAGACAGUAAGUACAGAUCUUUGAAGUCAAGUUUGGUCAAAUCUAAACCUGUCUAAACCACAUUUGUGUGAGGAUACAGAUAAGAGAUUUCAAAGCGGCCGUUAAAGAUGUGCUCAUCAUCACGUGAGCUUUGUAACUUCUCAGCUACCUGGGUCGACUUCAGCCUUAAUAUCUUUCUAAUCUACCAGUAAGUAUUAUAUGUUUAUUACAGCCUCCAACCAAGGGUUGGUGCCAAACAUUUGGAAGAAAUGGCCUUAUAAGGUCACUGGUCAGCAGGUUUGAUUCUUGGUCUUUCCAUAUAACGUUUACACGUUCCCCUCCAGUGUUCUGUUUGGAUUUCCUCCAGUAACCUCCCACAGCCCAAAACUAUGCAGCAUAAGGCUAACUGGAUACUGAAUUGACUUUGUGAAUGUGAAUGGUGGUUUGUUUCUAUGUGACUUUGGAACAGACUGUCCAACCAGACGACUGCUAGGAUAAAUUAAUGAAUGAUCAAAGGUUUUAUGGAUUCGGCACCAGCACCUAGAACGACCCUGACAAGAAAUGUGCCAGAGUAGAGACUGAUUAAAUGUCUAAUCUAAUCAUUAACACCGCCCUCCUCUGGAUCACAAGAGCAGAAAUCCUGAAUCUUUAUAGUAUAGUUGUGACCGUACUCUCAAACUAAUUCUCUUCAAAGCUAAUAAAAGUUAUUAAUAGCUUUGGUGAGCAUGUGGCUGGAGAGAUUCUCAGGGGAAUCACAUUCAGCCCAACCUCUGCUCAGCUUCUCAUCCUUACCUUCCUCACCCGCUGCCCCUUGGCUGAGCUCCACCUUGAGGCCCCACAUAGGCCCUGCUCCUGUAGCACAGCUAGACAGGUGCAGAUGGCCAGACACGCACGCAACACCCUCCACACCAACCACCGUGAUCACCUUCUCCAUUUACACCCCGGCUCUAAUCACUUAGAUUAUUUUCUUAAAUCUGGGCACAGUUGUGUGUCAGCUAACAUUCACAAGACGUACUUACGUGGCUCCAUGUUUUGUGAGGUGAUGAAAUUUUAGAGCUUGAGGCUGGAGAGGAUAACAAGGUUAGGUGGGUGUUUUCGUACGGCAGAAAAAUCAUUUCCUCUAAUCUGUGUGUCCACUAAAGCAAUUAAAUUUGCUGUUCAACUUUACACUGAACUUUGUAUGUAUACACACACACAUUCAUAUACUGUAUGUAUAUACUCUAUACAUACAUACGUGCAUGU